GCUUUGUGUUCCUACUCGAUCCCUCCUCCAUCCUUUCUGUCAUGUCUCUUUCAUUCUAUUAGAGACGGGGCAGAGGAGCUUUAAAGGGGCUAAACCAUUCCCUGUUUCUUGCUAAACUCAGAGGACCUAAUCCAUUCCCAGUUUCUUCUUCAGCUCUGAGAUACAGUAAGAAAAGAGAGAUUCUUUAGCUAUUGUCAGAUUGGUUCAUUUCACGAGGAUGAUACUUGAAUUCAGCUGUUCUUUUCCUCCCCCCUCUCUCUCUCUCUCAUUUGAUUUUUACUAUUCUAUGUUAUUGUUGAUUCUGUGAGAAAAUCCCAGUCUGGUGAGCCAUGAAUCACCACCUUCUUCCAGAUUGGAAUAUUGAAGGCGAUGUCCCUGUAACCAAUCAGAAGAAACCCAUGGGGCAAGAGCAUGAGCUUGUAGAGCUCUUAUGGCGAAAUGGGCAGGUGGUAUUGCACAGCCAAACACAGAGAAAAUCCGGUCUUGCUCCAAAUGAGUCUAAACAAGUUCAGAAACAUGAUCAAACCAUGCUAAGGAAUGGUGGGUCAUGUGGGAAUUGGAGUAAUUUGAUUCAGGAUGAGGAGUCAAUCUCAUGGAUCCAAUACCCACUGGACGAUUCCCUUGACAAGGAGUUCUGUUCUAAUUUGUUCAUGGAAUUGCCGCCCAAUGAUCCAGUUCAGCCUGAAAAGCCUGUUAGACACUCUGAACAAGAAAAGUCUGUCCCCAAUGUCGUCCCCAGCUCACAACAACCUAUUUUUAAGCAUUUGGGUAGCCCUGAAUUCCCAGGAAACCCAAUGCCGCCGCCUAAGUUUCAGGUUCCUGGUUCAGUCCAGCAGAAUUGCAGCUCAGGAGGAUUUGGAAAGAUUGUUAACUUUCCUAACUUUUCAUUCCCAGGGAGAACCAAUUUAGGAUCUUCCAAGGCACAACUGGGGGGAAAGGGAUCAGGAAAUAUGGCACAAGGAGGAGAUGCUAAAGAGGGUUCAGUCGUGACAGUUGGGCUGAGCCACUGCGGCAGCAAUCAAGUUGUGAAUGAGGCUGACUUGAGCCGAUUUUCAAGCAGUGGCGUUGGCACCGGUUGUUUAUCUUCAGGGCAUGUCAAGGACAAUGUUCCGAGGAUAGUUUCUCAGGGGGACAGAAGGCAAACAGAGACGCUUGAACCUACUGUUACUUCAUCUUCCGGUGGUGGGUCGGGCAGUAGUUUUGGGAGAACAUACAAGCAGUCGACCGACACCAAUAGCCACAAAAGAAAGGGCAGAGAAGCAGAGGAAUCUGAGUGCCAAAGCGAGGCUGCUGAGCAUGAAUCAGCUGCAAGAAACAAGGCAUCACAAAGAUCCGGGUCAACUAGGAGGAGCCGUGCUGCUGAAGUCCAUAAUCUCUCAGAGAGGAGACGGAGAGAUCGAAUCAAUGAGAAAAUGAAGGCAUUACAGGAGCUUAUACCUCACAGCAACAAGUCAGAUAAAGCAUCGAUGCUAGAUGAGGCAAUUGAGUACUUGAAGUCCCUCCAGUUACAACUUCAGUUGAUGUGGAUGGGAGGUGGUGUCGCGCCUAUGAUGUUUCCAGGAGUCCAGCACUAUAUGGCCAGAAUGGGAAUGGGAAUGUGUCCACCUCCACUGCCUUCUAUUCACAACCCAAUGCAUUUACCAAGGGUUCAACUAGUUGAUCAGUCCACAUCUGCAGUUCCACCGCCAAACCAGCCUCCAAUUUGCCAAACCCCAGUCUUGAAUCCGGUUAAUUAUCAAAAUCAGAUGCAAAAUCCCAACUUUUCGGAGCAGUUUGCACAUUACUUGGGCUUCCACCCUAUGCAAACUCCCUCUCAGCCCAUGAAUGUGUUCAGCUUUGGAUCCCAGAGUCACCCCAUGGCAUCGCCUGCCACCACUGGUGGCACCUCCACUGCAGCUGCUGCAGUUGAUGGUGCUCCAGGCAGCAAGUUGGGUUAAUACCAGUGGGUACGCAUGCUGCUCGAAUGCUUUUGGUUCCAUUACACAUCAAGUGCGCCCAUUGCAAGAUGAUGAUAAAAGCCAUCCAUUAGUCUUGGUGGAUGGCCUAGGCCAGCUCUUCCUACAUAGACUAAGGAUCCAUCAAGUUAUGUGUUUACCCAUAUGGAUGAAAUUAUAUCUCAAGCUUUGGAUGAAAACGAUUCAGUUUCAGUCACUUGCUUCCUUGCAACUUGAGCAUGGAGACAAGGAUAGCAUUGUCAAAUAGUCCUUCCCCCUUUCUCUAAUGGAGAAAUUAUUAUUUUUGACUCUGGAUAAUAAUGUUUAAAAAAAGGUGGUUAUUGUUGGAGCAUAAUUGGUAUGAAAACUCAUCAUUUUCCUUUCCAUGAA